ACAAUGGGUGUGCCUUUUACUCGUUUACCUCCGCGACAAUGAAAGAAUGUGAAAUAGGAGACAUUUUGCUGCUGUUUAGGAAGGGUUCCUGCGUUUCAAAAUACUGCCAAACACCGAGAAUAAAACGCCUUUGACGAGGCAGGUUCUGAGGACACGUGCCGCGCGACUGCAUCGCCGACGCAGCGGGUGCGAUAUUCAAAGUUGUCCUAUAACGUGAUACGACCGCUGUCGUUCCCGUUUGCUUUGGCAGCCGCGGCGAGGACCGCAGCACAAACACGGCAUCCACAUGUCACGGUAAAGUAUGGACGGGUGGAGCCCAAUUGUUGCGACAGCCUCGGAUAACGACCGCUCCAGCUCCGAGGGGGAGUACAUGGUGGAGCCCGGACCCGAAGCCGACGCGCAGGGGGUUGAGGGCAGGGAGCCGCGGGGCGUCGGGACCCCGGAGAUGACGGACCCCGGGGGUACCGCUGCUGUCGGCUUCGGGAUGACCGGGACCGGGGAGGGCAAAGUGGUGUUGGGUAAGGUCGGACAGAGAGACGAGAAGGAACUCCGGUACCUGCACUUGUUGUGGGAGCCCGGGUGCGCGGAGGUCGGCGCCGGGAGUGUGAAGAGCAAGAUGGGGAAAAUGACGGGGAGGAGGGCCCGGCGGCAGCACAAAGUGACCCGCAGCCUCGGCCCCAUGGGGAAAGAUGUCUACGCUGCGAAAAGACUGCGGGAGGCAGCGAACAGCAACGACAUCGACACAGUUCGAAAGCUCCUGCAAGAUGACACCGACCCGUGUGCCGCAGACGACAAGGGGAGGACAGCCCUCCAUUUCUCUUCCUGCAAUGGCAACGAGAGCAUUGUGCAAUUGCUGCUGAGCAACGGCGCUGACCCCAACCAGCGAGACAGUUUGGGAAAUACCCCCCUCCAUCUAGCGGCCUGUACCAACCAUGUGCCUGUGAUCACCUCGCUGCUGAGAGGAGGAGCCCGUGUGGAUGCCCUGGACCGAGCAGGCAGGACCCCCCUGCAUCUAGCGCGCUCCAAACUCAAUAUUCUGCAGGAGGGAGAUUCACGCAGCUUAGAAACCCUGAGAGGAGAAGUCACUCAGAUUAUUCAAAUGCUGAGGGAAUACCUGAACUUAAUGGGCCAGAGUGAAGCUAAAGAGAGACUCGAGCACAUUUCCGCACAGCUGCGGCACACACGCACCAAAGAGCAGGUGGAUGAGGUGACCGAUUUAUUGGCCAGUUUUACAUCGCUCAGUCUACAGAAACAAAAUUUGGGGGAUAGAUAGAAGAAGAGUUGUACAAGGAAGCCUUGCUACUUUUUAAGAGAAUGCAUCUGCUGCAUCAUCCUUGACCAGACAAGUUAAUACUAAACCACACUGAACCAAAAUUCUGGGGGUUUCUCUCCAUAUUCCAAAGUACAGAUUUAUCUACAGCAUUACUAUUCAGGACCGUGACAUUUACACACCAUGUCAUUUUAACCAAAAUAAAACCGUGAUUAUUUUGAAAGCAUUUACAGCUUUAGGGAGUUUUUCAUAUCGUUCCUGUGAGAAAGACUGAACGCUGAAAAUGCAGACGGAGAAAAAAAUUCUUAUCCUGGUUAAAGUGAAAAGAUGCUCAAAAUGGAAGCCCAGUACCGCAGUGUAGUGGAUAUCUAUUUAUAGAAGGAAAUGAGUGUCACAUGUUAGCUUUUCAGAAAAAGGGAUAAAAGAAAGCCUUUAGGGAAAUAUACAUUAAGAACAGGAAACAGCUGGAACAGAAACCAACCCUGAGGUGCAGUGGGAUCAUCACUCUCUAAUGUGUGUGUGUGUGUGUGUGUGUGUGUGUGUGUGUGUGUGUGUGUGUGUGUGUGUGUGUGUGUGUGUGUGUGUGUGUGUGUGUGUGUGUGUGUGUGUGUGUGUGUGUGUGUGUGUGUGUGUGUGUGUGUGUGUGUGUGUGUGUGUGUGUGUGUGUGUGUGUGUGUGUGUGUGUGUGUGUGUGUGUGUGUAAGGGUCACAGCUGUCUCUAUGUGCUGACAUGAUCUCUUUUUGCCUGCCAUUUCUAGCUAAGUUCUCCGAUAAUUAUAAGACAUUUUUCAUGAAAUGUUUAAACAGUUUUCACUGUUGUAUUUUUGUUUUUCUUAUUGAUGGCCUCUUUCUAUGCCGUUGCUUUUUCUCCUGUGUUGCAUGUAAUGUUUGUAUGUGAACCCUACUGUGAAAGAACAUUUUUAGAUAUUUGACUAUUGUUGGCAAUGGAUAUAUGUGAUUCAAUAAAUCAAUGUUUGGCUAUGA